AGAUCACCUGCGGUGGAGAGUUAACUUGAAGGAAAAUUCACGAAAAUUGCUGAAGCCUUCAAAAAACGUUGUGACGCACUUAACAUAGCAAGCUGGUUUCCCUUAUAUAACAAAAAUUAGGGUAACCUUAAUUUUUUGCUUAUCUGACUUAAACCAAAGAAGAUGACUGCACCACCACCAGAUAAUCCGUAUUACCCACCACCACAAAACGCAGCAAUGCAGGGAUAUGGUGAAAAACCACCACCUUAUGCAGGUCCUCCCCAGCCAGCAUACCAACAACAAUAUCCACCACAGCAACCAUAUACUCCACAGCAGCCAUACCCUCAACAACAACAGCCGUAUCCACAGCAACCAUAUCCACAACAACAGCCAUAUCCACAGCAACAGCCAUAUCAGCCGCAACAACCUGGUUACUACCCACAGCAACCAGGAUAUAACCAACAGGGACAUAAUACGAUUGUCGUGCAGCAACCACCAGCGACAACGCAUGUUUACCACGAAAAGAAAGACACAACUGCGGAAGACUGUGCACUGGGUGCAUUGUGUAUGGCCUGUCUAUGCUGCUGCUUGUUAAGUGAUUAAGUUUUUUAUUUCAUGGGUUUAAUUUGAAAGAAAUGCCUUAUAAUAUAAAUAAUUCAUAUAGCUUAAAUUUAUCAUCCAUUUAAACUUAAAAUGUCAUUAUUGAAAUGAAAAAUGCACCAUGGGAUGAUCUAUGUCAUGAUGUAUAGUUCAUAGUAGAUAUGCUUCUUUAAUUUUAUUAUUUUUUUAUAUAACUAGAUUUUCGUUUGCCUCUACUCGUGUUAGUAAAAGCGAAUUUGAUAAAUUUUUUUUACCAGUUUUUGUUGCAAGACAGUGUGCAAAUACGAAGACCUUACAGUUAAUGUCUGGUAGCUUUCAAUAGCAAUUAUCAAGGAAAUUUUUAGCAAAGAAGUAAAAAUUUGCCCGAAUUUUAACCCAGUUCUAAAUCCAAUCUUAAUUACAGAAUUCCUAAUUAACCAUAAAAGUUUCAAAACUAAAAUCGAAAAUUAAAUUAAGAUAAAAGAUAUAAACUUUCGAAACCGGACAACUGGCCAGGUUUCUUGUAAAAAUUUAUUGUUGUAACAUAAUGAUUGUCACAAUUUUUAAUGAAUAUUAAAACUUAUUUUUUAUUCAUUCUCGUUAUUGUUUUUGUUAUUUGCUUAGAGUAAUAUAGUUGUAAAUUUGUUUAAUAAAAAACGCAUUCUUCGGGAGAA